AUAUCUGUAUGAUUUUCAACCUCCAAGCAUCACUGCCGCAUCAGGAACCAGAUAUUCAAUCAUAUGUGCAAUUUGUGGAGAAAGGUGCAUGGCGAUUGGAGAAUUGUCUCGAUUGAGAAAUUGUCUCGGGAGAACCGAGCUGGUCCCCGCAUGCAGCUGUGAUACCUAGCCACUGACACCGACGGCAUGGGCUACGACAGAAGCACAACUUGAACAACACGCUGUGGACCAACAAAAUAUGUCUCUCCCUGCUACACGGCGAGAAUUUCAAUUGAAACUUUCUUCCUUAAAGAUCUCUUGGCGUGCGCAUCAGCUGGCCACGAUAUGCAGUCUUUCAUGGCACGGGACGCUUUCCGAAGUUUGUUUUGGCAAAUUCUUGACUUAAGUACUCCAUGAUCACAGCUAAGUUUGAAGUUGAGCACCUUUGAUACUUUCCUUAAAAUUUCAUAAAGCAUUUCAAAAAAGAACUCAAAAUGGUUUCAUUAUCCUCGCUUCUCCUCCCUCUCCUCGCCUCGACUGUCCUCGCUGCGCCUUGUUUGGACGAUAACGAGGCCAUCCACAUCGCAAAGAAGUGGCUCGAUAUCUGGUCCUCCGGUACCAUCACCAAAGAGUCUCAAUUGACCACUCUCGUCACCCCAGAUAUCCAGAGCUACGAUGGAACUUACGGUCAAGCCACUGUUGGAAUUGACGCUUUAUUCGCCUCGUGUACAUAUGUAGACCCAUUGGUCAAAGAUGUAGUCCAGGUGCCGAUAUUUAUCUUUCACAGUUGUGAUCAGAUAGCUGCUCGCUGGACUUACAAUGCUCUUUCGACGGGAGUUGGAUCGACGGUCAAGGCGAAUACUCCUAUCUUUUUCCACGGUACUGAGUUACUCCAUGUCGAUCUUCAAUCGCGACUUAUCUACAACUCAACCUCAAGCGCUGACUGGGUCCUGCUGGCGACUCAACUGGGUCAGACGGUCAACCUCUAGAUGGGAGAAAUAUAUCGUGGGGUUCCGUUACGCGGGUAUCAUGACUCCU